UCUAGUAAACAGUCUGCCGCUGUUCUGGAUAAUGUCGCUGCCCCCCUUUCGGGACAAAGGCUAUAUUUACGUUUGUUCACAGAAUCGUAGUCGUUCUUCAAAUUUCCUAUCAAAUACGGCUGCUAUGUAUCUAUAGCACCUUUUCGAGUAUUUCGCGCUACAAAUAUCGUACUUGAAAGGUUUAGCUACCGAUUAUAGACUUCUGCAAUUAUGAAGGUUGGGGGAGUGGAGGAAGUACCCAGUACGGAACUGGUUCCAACUGGUUUUGAGUUGUUCAACUGGGAUAAAUAACAAGUUGGCCUUUACAGUGUAGAGAGAGAACCUUAGUACUGGCUGCAGUUAACAGCUGUCGCCGCCAACACAAGACUGUGGUUUUCUUAGGAGUAGUGGCUAUAGAAACAGGUUUUGGACAGUAGCGUGAGUGAACGGAGGUGUGAGUGUACAUCACCAAGGCAGCUAGCCUUUCAAGUGCUGCUGUCACAAACUGGUGCUUAACAUCAGGCUAAAUGGCGCUAACCCAGAACAUGCCUUGCUGGAUCGAGGACGACCAGGACUUUAAACCAGAGAACUGGAGAUGGGACGUGAACAACAAAUCCCCGGAGGUGCAGCUAUCUUCCUGCCAGUUGGCGGCAUAUUUCCACGUCGACCCGGUGGACUCGAGCAUCGGGACGGCGGGGGUGCGGGGGACCAAGGGGUUCACGACGGGCGAGCACUACUGGGAGGUGAUCUUCCUGGAGCCGCCCCACGGGACGUCCGUCAUGGUGGGGGUGGGGACGAAGAAAGCUCUGCUACACCUGGGCAACUAUCAGUACAUCAACCUGUUAGGUCGUGAUGAAGAGAGCUGGGGACUGUCGUACAAGGGAACCACCUGGCACAACGGCAAGUACCAGCAGUACACAGAGCCGUUCUACGACCAAACCACCGUGAUCGGCGUCCACCUCAACUUGUACAACGGGACUCUGACGUACUACAGAAACGGGAAGUCACUCGGCGUGGCUUUCCGCGCCAUCAACAGAGGGGAGGAGCUGUAUCCGAUCAUCUGUUCCACCGCGGCCGAGACCGAGAUGGAACUCGGGAUGCGCAGCUGCCGGUUCAACUCUCUGCAGGAGAAGUGCUGUUUCACCAUCAUGCAGGCCAUGAAGGGGAAACAAGCCGUGGACAAGCUGCCCCUCCCCACAGUCAUCAAGAGCAGGCUGAAGGAGCAGUACUAAAAGUAGAAACUUCUCCAGAUGAAGUGGAAAUCUGCCACAGGUGGAAAAGUCUCAUGUUAUAACUGUAGCAGCUCACAUUUUCAAGAAAAUGCCUGCAGCAGCUGUUUAAUUAGUGGCAGUCAUUUCAAUUUGAAUAAUGUACAUGUAUACCUCAAUAAAAGGCACGAGUAUUCAAAUGUUAUUGUUCCCAGUCCGUCCUGCUAAAAGAAUUAGAAUUGUAAAUUGUUGCAGUUGGGGACUGGCCAGAUAUGCAAAUGAAAUGGUCAAGAGUUUGCAGCUACAAAUGUCUACAGGUGUCUAGCCUGAGACCCAGCCUUGUUUGGUUUAUAAGGAGGGAUAUGGGGUGCAUUAAUAGACAAGAGCUUAACAAGACUGGGUUUCAGGUUAAACUAGCCCUUCUGGGCUUGGAUGACAACUUUGAAUGUCAUGAUCAGUGCAAUGACACAAGUGAAUUGUUUGUUUUGUAACAGUUACUGUGGCCAGGAUGUUAUAAAGGAUAUUGCAGGAACUCCUUUAUUUGCCCACCAAAAUAGUUUAAGCAUCAUUUUCAAGUCAAAUGCAGUGCCUUCCUUGUAAAUGUUCAUUUAAGAAGAAUGCAGAUGGUUACGAUUUCACAAAUAUGUUAUGAUAAUUUUACAGUACCAUCUCUGCACUAUAAGUGAAACCACUGAUUCCAGUGUGUCAAAGGAUCGAUGUCACUUCUUUAAGGAGAUACCUAUAUUUACCUCUGGCAGGUGUGUGUAAUUCAAGAAGGCAAGAGAACUAUUUUGCCAGAGAGAAAGAGUAAAAUGUAUUUGCAACAGGUAUUUUUUUCCUGUGUACAGUGAAGACUGUGAAGGAAGUCUAUGUACAUGUAAAAAAAGUAUACAACACAAAAUUAAUGUGAAAAGAGAAAAUGCUGUGUAGUUUCAGCGAUGUAUAUUCAAGACGUGUAGAUAUUCAUAGAUAGUGUUGUAUUAUGUUGUAUUAAAAUGUAUUGUCUUAUAUAGGAUACAGAUCAGCAUUGACAUUGUAAGAUUGAUGAUAUUUGCCACAGUCAUAAAAAGGAAUAUUGACAUGAAUGCUGAUAUUUGGCUGGCUGAGUUGUUCUAAACUCUACUACAUGUGAUAAAACCUUGCUAAAUGCAAUGCCCUCUGGUGAAAUGGCAAAAUAUAUUACAUUAAUAUUAAUAAACAGUGCACUUACUGCAGCUUAGCAUUACAUUGUGUAAUGUGUUUUGCUGGUGUUGCUCAGCAUAAUAUAAAAAAAGCAGCUGGUGUGAUAUUUUAAAGCAGUCAAUAUGAUAUUUUCCACUACAGCAAGUGCUCUUCCAUGUUGUCUCAGGAUUUUAAAGUGUAACUCAGCUUGUUAUAUGACCUACAUGUGGCUACCUUUAAAUGUCAUAGAUAGGCAGUGUAGAUAUAUAGCUGGCCAUUCAGAAAGUAUGGUUCCCAAAAUGACAUGUAACUUUUUUACACUGAAUGUACGCAAAGCCUUGAACCUUACGGUGUAACCAAAAAUCAGGCAAGCUGAUUGAUUACAUUCUGUAGAUUAGAAAUUACAUGUCAGAAUUUUUGUUGAUAAGCUCAAAGCUAUCUAUGUCCUUACGUGCAAUUUGAUUGGCACAUCAUAUUGUAACCUUAUUCCUCAUUGGUCAGCCAUAAAAUAACCACAUUUUGCAUGUACCACACAAAUGUCCUUGAAAGCAGGCACACAUUGCUUACAUGUAUGUCUGUAGGACCAAAUGAUGAGAGACAGCUACAUGUAUGUAUGUACGCAAAGCCAAUAAACAAAGAAUAUGGAGGACAUCUACGUGAAAGUAAUCUUUGUGCUGCAGAUAAUUGCCUUGCUAAUAAUAAGGAUGCUAUCAAUGUUUGUACUUUUAUAUUGCCCUGUGGUAAUGACACGUCUACAACACUUAAGCACAAAAGAUAGAACCUAAAUGGCUCCUUUACAUGGAUACUGGCUCUGAACUCAAUGCCAUUUUCUACGACCCUGUACAGGGGCAGUAAGAUACUGUAUACUACUGUAUACUGUUUUUAUCAUAUAUUUUAUUGGGCAGUAUCUGCAGUCUUUAUGUAAUUUACCAUUACUUCUAGGAUGACCCUUAUUCAUAAUGUUCCUUUAUAUUGAAUUCUUAGGAUGUACAGACUUGUAUUAUAUGUAUAUGUAGUGUUAUAUGAUUGUGCUGUACAUUCUCUGUAAUUAUAGUGAAAUUCUUGAGCCAUGAUUAUAAUAAAAGAUCAUUAACUGAACAGUUUUUGUGCUAGUGGUCUUUGAAAGUUUUUUUACAGUUGCCAUGUACAUUUAUAACUUAUUGGAUAAAAAGACAUUAGCAUGUUAAAUGC